AUGGCGGGCGCUAUGGAAAAUGCUCGCAAAGAGAUCAAACGCCUCUCUCUAGAGGACCACUCGGAGUCCGAGUACGGUUCCAUCUACUCCGUCUCGGGUCCUGUCAUCGUUGCCGAAAACAUGAUCGGUUGCGCGAUGUACGAACUGGUCAAGGUCGGCCACGACAACCUGGUCGGUGAAGUCAUUCGUAUCGAGGCCGACAGAGCCACGAUCCAGGUUUAUGAGGAGACCGCUGGUGUCACCGUUGGUGACCCGGUCUUGCGUACCGGAAAGCCCUUGUCCGUCGAGCUGGGUCCAGGUCUUAUGGAAACCAUUUACGACGGUAUCCAGAGACCUCUAAAGGCCAUCAAAGACAAGGCCCAGUCCAUCUACAUCCCAAGAGGCAUUGACGCGCCUGCCUUGUCCAGAGACAUCAAGUGGCAGUUCAAGCCCUCCGCGGACAAGAAGGUUGGUGACCACAUCGCUGGCGGUGACAUCUUUGGCUCUAUCUUCGAGAACUCCUUGCUCGAGGACCACAAGAUCCUGCUGCCUCCACGUGCUAGAGGUACCAUCACCUGGAUCGCGCCUGCUGGCGACUACACCAUCGACGAGAAAGUGCUCGAGGUUGAGUUUGACGGCGUUAAGUACGACUACACCAUGUACCACACCUGGCCCGUGCGUGUUCCCCGUCCUGUCACUGAGAAGCUGUCUGCCGACUACCCUUUGCUGACCGGCCAAAGAGUCCUCGACGCUUUGUUCCCAUGUGUUCAAGGUGGUACCACCUGUAUUCCAGGUGCUUUCGGUUGUGGUAAGACUGUCAUUUCCCAGUCCUUGUCCAAGUACUCGAACUCUGACGCCAUUAUCUAUGUUGGUUGCGGUGAGAGAGGUAACGAAAUGGCUGAAGUUCUGAUGGAAUUCCCAGAGUUGUUCACUGAGAGAAACGGCAAGAAGGAGCCUAUCAUGAAGCGUACCACUUUGGUGGCCAACACCUCCAACAUGCCUGUCGCCGCCAGAGAAGCUUCUAUUUACACCGGUAUCACUUUGGCUGAGUACUUCAGAGAUCAAGGUAAGAACGUCUCCAUGAUUGCUGAUUCUUCCUCGAGAUGGGCCGAAGCUUUGAGAGAAAUCUCCGGUCGUUUGGGUGAAAUGCCUGCUGACCAGGGUUUCCCAGCUUACCUGGGUGCCAAGUUGGCUUCUUUCUACGAAAGAGCUGGUAAGGCUGUCGCCUUGGGCUCUCCAGACCGUAUCGGUUCGGUUUCCAUUGUCGCUGCUGUGUCUCCAGCUGGUGGUGACUUCUCGGACCCUGUUACCACUUCCACUUUGGGUAUCACUCAGGUCUUCUGGGGUCUUGACAAGAAGCUGGCCCAGAGAAAGCACUUCCCAUCCAUCAACACCUCUGUCUCUUACUCCAAGUACACCAAUGUGUUGGACAAGUACUACGAUGAGCACUACCCAGAGUUCCCUCAACUCAGAAACCGUAUCAGAGAGAUUCUGUCCAACGCAGAGGAAUUGGAGCAAGUCGUGCAAUUGGUCGGUAAGUCCGCUUUGUCUGACAGUGACAAGAUUACUUUGGACGUGGCCACUUUGAUCAAGGAAGACUUCUUGCAGCAGAACGGUUACUCGACCUACGAUGCCUUCUGCCCUGUCUGGAAGACCUACGACAUGAUGAAGGCAUUCAUUUCCUACCAUGAAGAGGCUCAGAAGAGCAUUGCCAACGGCGCCAACUGGGCUAAGCUGGCUGAUGCCACUGGCGACGUCAAGCACGCCGUUUCCUCCUCCAAGUUCUUCGAGCCUAGCAGAGGUGAACAAGAGGUCCACGGGGAGUUUGAAAAGCUGUUCUCCAACAUCCAGGAGAGAUUUGCCGAGUCCACCGACUAA